AUGGCAAAUCAUGUUUCCUCCUCCUCUGCAUUCACUAAUCAACUUGGCUACCCUUCCUCAGAUGCUUCAGAAUAUCCGUUUUGGGAUGCACAAUGUGAACAAUUCUCAUUGACUUAUUUCAGUGCAAAAAAUAAUGAUGAACCCUUGCUAAACAUGGACUUUGAUCCAUUUUGGAACUUUGAACGUAAUCUGGAACGUCUAAUCGAGGCCACCGCCUUGAAUCCACUAGGUAUGGAUGAGGUUCUUCUUCCCUCUGCAAGUGUUAUACCUAUACAAUGGGAUAUCACCCCGACUUCGAACGCCGUAGCUGUUAACCAGGACACAAGUACUGGUACAAAGGAGAGCAUGAUAGAGAAAAUAGUGCGUAGACAGUCCAAGAGGACGCAAAAAACUUUUCGUGAUCCUUCAACAAUAAGCAAGGCAAUGCUUUCUAAUUAUUUCCAUAUGCCCAUUUAUAAAGCCGCUAAGGAACUAAGAGUUGAGUACAGAAUCUUGAAAAGAAGGUGUGAGGAAUUAGGAAUCUUCAGAUGGCCUCAUCGACAAUUAGUCAGCUUACAAAAAUUAUCCGAAAAUGUUAAGGAAUUGGGUAGCAUUGAAGAUGACCCUGAACUGAGAGAAGUACUCAAAGAAAUAAAAGAUAGAAGAGAAAUGAUGCUAACAAAUCCACAUUUGAAAUUGCAUCCAGCCGAAAUAAAGCUUAGAGAUGCAUGUACCAGAAAGAAAAGGCAUAGAGAAAUGAUGAGUUUUAUUUCUCCUUGUACCCUUCCUGUUCCUUCAUUUGUGGUUGAUCAUAUUCUUCCUUUAACUGUGGAUCCACCUUCACGAGCGAUGGAAGAAAAUGAAUCGUUUCAGCUUUUGCUUGAUGGCUUCCAAUAA